CACCACGACCGCACGACACCUGAACCACCCGGCCGGACGCGUGACGGACUUUUUGGCCGCCCCUAUUGCCAAUUUUUGCCAUGGACCCGACGCACAACACACAGGAUGAUGAUAUCAUCAUAUUCUACAUGGAGAUGGAGCGCACGCCCACCCACGCCACGCCACGCCACGCUUCCUCUCCGAGUCAACGUGACGGACCAGCUGCACCAUCCCAAUUCGCAAACACACACACGGAGCCCGGAGGCUAUAACUAACGCACUCAUGGUCUGGUCCGGGGCCAAACGGAGAGAUAGACAGAAGGAGCGAGAGCGCGCCACGGCAAAGAAGAUGCUGCCGAGGAGGGCGAGAGACCCCGCCGCCGGCGUCUUGACGAUCCUUCCUGCCAUCCUGCUCCUGGCAGUGGCGGCGGCGAUGGCCAUGGCGGCGGCGGAGGAAGCGUUGCCGAUGCCGAUGGAGGUCUACUUCACGCCCGCGGAGCUGGCGCGCAUUGCGGGGUACGGCGAGGAGCCGGUGUCGUCGGUGUCCGUGUCCGGGCAGCUCACCUGCGAGCUCUGCCUCCGCCCCGGCUCCCAACUCCUCGCCUUGGACAUGCCAGCAACGCGUGCCUGCCAAACAAAACCGCCCUUGAUCGAUCGGACCAUUCGGAGACGACGACGACCGAGCAGGCGGGCGGCUGGUCCUUUUCGCGGUGGCUCUGGUUGUUGGCCGGUUACCGGUGGCCCGGUGGGCAUAUGCCAGAACGGAAAGCCAGGAAGCAAAGCAAGGUCGUCGUCGUCGUCUCUCCAGCGGAUCGACGACGAUCUUGUACACGACGACCUUGCUUGUCCUCUUCGUCGAGCAGGGCCGUAUUAGUCGUCGAGCACGACGUACACGUACAGUACUUAUUGGCGGGCUUGUGUUGUGGUUGGUCACGUGCCUCACGCAGCUGGGACGGCGUCGCCAAAGCAACGGCUUCACGAGGCGUACCGCGGCCGCUCCGCUACCGCUUGAAAAGGUCGUUAGCGACCGGCCAGCGUUUGGUGCAGGGUCGGCCGGCUGGUAUAUAUUGCCGAGGCUUCGGCUGCAGCGGCUUUUGUGUACACCACGUACAGGCCGAUGGAAUUCAACGAGGCAACGGAAAUGUACUGUGCUGUGCAUUCGUAUGGUGAUGAUCCAUUUAUUGCUCUUGCUGGCUUCGUUAGUACAGCCGUGCAGGAACAAAAUUUUAUAUGUACUACUGUGGUUGUUAAUCUCCUGUGGUUAGAAAAAAAAGAAAACUUUCGAUGCU